GCUCAAGGCAGUUGGAUGGAUUAAAUAACCGUUUUUCGAGUUCAUUGAGGUCCACCGCUGUGCCGCUGAUGUUAUUCUCGGCCUGAGAUAAACGUCUCCGCUGCUUUCCGCAAUGAUACUGGUUUGGAACGCAUGCACCUGCGACUGCUGCCAUGGCCAUGUCGAAAAUAUUGCUUACUGUCGCUGCGCUCGAGGCCCAAUCUCUUAACGUCGCCGUCCUCCAUGCUUAUAGACAUCUCUACCGGACCGGCCUACAAGCCGUACGCUAUUCGAGCCCUGCACGUCACGUCCUCCUCUGGACUCUUCGGAAAUCUUUUCGAAAUGGCACGCCGAAUGAGUUCGAUCCACGGAGAGUUGUUAACACCCUUGAGUUUCUUCGACUUGCGUCUAGCUCCACGAGCACUGAACACAAAAUCGUUAAAAAUCUGCUGCACGUCAGAUUCUGGCAGCAGCCACAUAAGCUUGCGGAGGGAGACCCCAAGUUUUUUGGCACCCAAACCGGAGCACGUGCCCAAAUGAGGGCUAUCGCAUACAGGCCAUUUGAGAUGACCUUGAAGAUGCUUAAUGAAAGCCUUGGUCUAUGUCUUAAAUGAGAAAAUAAAUUGGAUAUUUACUCCCAUCGGCCCAUCCAAUUUCUGUAAUAAGCUACCAAAGACCUAAUUGCACCUCAAAUCUGCAAUGGAAAUGAAUUGGAAGCCGCGAUGUCAGCGCGUCAGGCGCAUUUGGAGCGCAUUUGAAAAGGGUAUGAUGUCUAACGACACAAGUACAUGAAGGAUGAAUAAAAUCUCAAGUUUUAGCAGGUGCAUCGACAGAGAUACCUUUCUCUCUAUCUUUUGCUAGCAUGACGGUUGCGACAAAAAGUAGCACCGUACCCUAUAGCUAGAUUUACCAGCCAAUUCCGUAGAUGGACUAACCAAUCUGGGAAUUAAAAUAAAUAAACACGUCAAAUGCAAUAAUGCAUUCCAAGCCCAGGUAAAUCCUAAAAUUUAUAGAAUGCUCU